AUGGCUUCUCUUGGUGGUAACAUGAUGUUGCCCCUCGACUUUGAUCUCAAAACCACUUUUGCUGGACUCAGCGCAGUUGCCCUUAGUGGCCUGCUGUUUUCCAAGCUCCUUUCCAAGAAUGAAGAGAGCAGCGAGGCUCCCGGCCUCCUCAAGUCUUUCUUUCUCUUCUUCUACUCCUGCUUCAUCAAGCCGCAUAACGGCGACAAGAAGGGCACCCAACAGGAUGCCCUGGAGAGCUUCUACAAGAAGCAAGCCGGCGCAUAUGAUGCUACCAGGAAGCUCCUCCUGCAAGGCAGGGAGGACAUGCUCGCGCUUGUCGCAGCACAGUUGAAGGCCAAGGCCCCCACGAAGGCUUCGAAGAAGGGCGGAAAAGAGAAGCGCAUCUGGGUUGAUGUUGGUGGAGGAACAGGCUGGAACAUCGAGGCCAUGUCUGCGUUCGUCAACGUCCCCGAGUACUUCUCCAGCGUCUACUUGGUCGACUUCUCUCCCUCCCUCUGCGAGGUUGCCCGACAGCGCUUCGAACGCCUUGGCUGGAACAAUGUCAAGGUCGUUUGCGAGGAUGCGAGAAAGUUCCGCCUGGAGGAUUAUGAGAAUGAUAUUCCGAGCAAUCGCAUUCCCCCUCGUUCGCCUGUCCUGAGCUACUUCUCCCAGAAGCGUGCCGAGCAUGGCGGCGCGGAUCUCAUCACCAUGUCAUACAGCUUGUCCAUGAUUCCUGACUACUACUCCGUUAUCGAAUCGCUCACCUCUCUCCUGUCUCCCGACGGUGUUAUGGGAGUCGUCGACUUUUACGUUCAAUCCCAAGUUGAUUUCGCGUUUCGCAACUACACCGGUGGGCUCGUCGGACGCCACGUCAACUGGUUCCUGAGGACUUUCUGGCGCGCGUGGUUCGACAUUGACCGAGUCGGCCUCGAGGCCAGCCGUCGUGACUAUCUCGAGUAUAAGUUCGGUACCAUGCUCAACGUCAACACUCGCAACUAUACUCUUGGCCGCAUCCCUUACUACAUCUGGGUCGGAUGCCACAAGAAGCCUUUCUCUUCUACUAGUCUCCCCCACGAGAUUAUUGAGAAGAUUGAUGCUCUCGCCACCGAGUCUCCUCUCCUGUUGCCUGCCAACCAGGGCGAUGCUCUCACCCGCGCGAUCGACAGAUCCGCGCCGGAGAUUCGUUCCAAGGCUUUCAUGACUGCGAUCCAGAACCUCUCGGCGAACUUGCCUCUCCCCUCGUUCUUCUAUCAAAACCACCACUGGCGCAUCUACUACGAUGACCAACUUCAGAAGCACAAGCAGUUCAACGACGAGUACAUCUACGCUUUUACGUGGGAGGAUUCUCAGGUGGACGCGCGCUUGCUGAAGCUUGGUUCGGACGACGUCGUGCUGGCCAUCACCAGCGCCGGAGACAACAUUCUCUCUUACGCUAUGCAAAGCCCGGCCAGAAUCCACGCCGUUGACCUUAACCCCACACAAAAUCACCUCCUGGAGCUCAAGGUUGCGUCAUACACUGCUCUUCCUUACGAGGACUUCUGGAAGUUAUUCGGAGAGGGCAAACAUCCCGACUUCCGCAACCUGCUCCUUACCAAGCUGUCUCCUCACCUGUCCAGCCGAGCGUUCCAGUACUGGCUCCAGAACGUCCAUGUCUUCGCCAACAGCAAGGGGUACGGUCUGUAUGACACCGGCGGCUCUCGUCACGCUAUCCGUGUCUUCCGCUGGAUCAGCCGCAUCUUCGGAUGCCGCGCCGCUGUCAAGGAGCUCCUCUCCACAAAGACCCUCAACGAGCAGCGUGAGAUCUGGCGCAACAAGAUCCGUCCCGCCCUUCUGUCCAAGCUCGUCUGCAACCUCGUCGUGAGCCAGGAGAGCUUCCUCUGGGCCGCCCUCGGCGUUCCCAAGAACCAGCUUGCCAUGAUUGAGAACGACCACGCGGAGAGUGAGGCCGUCAAGGGUCCUUCCCCUACCCACCGCAAGGUCCGCUCUCACGCUAUCUGGCGCUACAUGGUUGACACCCUCGACCCCGUCGCCGAACAAACUCACAUUGCCACCAACAACCCCUACUACCAUGUCUGCAUGACUGGAGACUUCACCCGCCGCUGCCACCCCGACUACCUCUCCGAGAAGGCGCACGCCAAGCUCUCGCGCCCGGGCGCCUUGGACGGCCUUCGCAUUCACACGGACGAGAUUGACGAGGUCAUUAACCGCAUCACUCCCGGAACUCUGACCGUCGCCGUCAUUAUGGACAGCAUGGACUGGUUUGAUCCCGGCUCCCAAGCAGCCGCCGCCCAGAUCACUAAGCUCAACCGCGCGCUCAAGAUGGGCGGCCGCGUGCUUCUGCGAUCGUCUGCACUGAGCCCCUGGUACGUGAAGGUGUUCGAAGCCCACGGCUUCUCUCCUAAGCGCCACGGCGCCCGUACGGAAGGUGCUUGCAUCGACCGCGUCAACAUGUAUGCCUCGUGCUGGAUUUGCACCAAGGUUGAGAACCUGCCUCCUCCCACACCGGAGAUGGAUCGCAUGGGUGGUUCGGAGAUCACCAGCUUCUCUCUGUGA